AAAUGUCACGCUCAAGAGGUGCGCUUGACUUAACAGAUCACUGGAAUGACAAAGAGGGACGAAAAGAGCUGGGUAGAGGUGUGUCCGGGCGGCACGCCAUCAUGAUAUCAGACGGCCGUGGUACUGCCGGUUCCCCUUCUUCCCCGCCUUGUAGUGACUAUCAUCACCAGCACCCCUACCAACAAGCAUAUCAGCAAACCUCGUAUAAACAUCCCUCACAUUCUCACCACAGUCACCACCCUCCAACCCCGUCCCCACCAUCAUCGCUGUCAUCAACAGCAUCCACAAGUGGUUGCUGUAAUCUCUGGCGAGGAAUCUGUUGCCACAACGGCAACAGUCGACAGCGGCGGCGAGGAAGAUCUUCCUGUUGUUGUUGCUGUUUCUGCCCUUCAUCGGUGCCCUCUUCAGCCUUUACAAGUCUUGGGGUAUGCGUCCUUGUCUUAGCAUAUACCCUCUUAGGUGCCUUUACGUUUAUGGCACUUGAAGGCGGACUAAGAGACACAUCACAUCUAAGUUCAAGUAACGUAGAUACUACAUCUUCGGGCAGACCUUCCACGUCAACAUCGUCCCCAUCGAAUUCUAAACCAACCAGUGACAAAUCAGUAGUAUUAGGCGAAGAAAUACGUUCAAAAACUGUCGAGAAGUUGUGGAGCAUAACAGAAGACUUGAAUAUUCUUUACAAGGACAAUUGGACGCGGCUUGCUGCACAGGAAGUCCUUAAAUUUCAAGACACACUCAUGCGGAAUCUUAGAGGUUAUGGUAGCGGCGGUGUGAUCCUGAAGACUGGAGGUGCUGCCGGAAACGGCGGAUCGAUAUACUACAGUCACCACCACCACAGGUGGUCCUUCUCGUCUUCUUUCCUGUAUUCGCUGACUCUCAUCACCACAAUCGCCAGCAGAAUAUGUAGAGUGAGAGAGAGAGAAAGAGAGACCAAAUGCAUCGAUCGGACUUCAACUGCAAACUUCACAUCCCCACAAAACCCAACACCCCAAACCCCACACGUUCCUGGCAGUAGCUAUGCCAUAGGAAGCCUCUCUGUCGCUGUUCUGUCUGAUGCUAGUCUUGCUGUGUUAGACACACAGACGCAGGUCCUUGUGCAUACGGCUGAGUUCCCCGCCGAAAAUCGACCGAACAAUUAG